CUGCGGCUCGAAACCAGACACCCGCAUUGUUUCUCCUUUACAACUUUUUGUCAUUGCGGCCGGAGCGGCUCUCGGCAGAGCGCGUGAGAGCGGACGGGUUCUAUUGUCUGCGCGAGUUCUUUGGGUUUGGGUUGCUUUCCUCUCUCUGGAGUUAUCCGUCCUCCUCGCGCCGGGCGCCUUCUUUUGUCCCUCUCUCUCUCUUCUCCCCCACGCGCCGUGUGUCCGGCUGCAGCACGAGCUCAGCGCCCACAUGAGCCGCCUGUAAAUUGUACCCCUGCAAUGCCUGGACUUAGCUGCAGCGCGGCGUCUGACGGGUUCUGGCCCAUGGAGUUUGAGGCCCAGCAGCACUACUUCUACUAUGAUGGGCUGGACACUGGGGAGGAUUUCUACAAGUCUCUGGCGCCCAGCGAGGACAUCUGGAAGAAGUUUGAGCUGCUUCCUACUCCACCCAUGUCACCCUCAAGGACCUGGGCAGAGUUCCCAGGCUGGAUGGCACCAAAGCCCACCUUCGAGGAGGAUUAUGGCUCUCCGUAUGAGUUGGAGCGAGAGCCGCUGGACGUUUUGGCCAACCUCAGCUCCAUCGUGUUGAAGGACUGUAUGUGGAGUGGUCUGGCUGCUGGUCAGCAGCUGGAGAAAGUCAGCCGAGAUGUCAAGGUUGCUCCAACGGCUCGGGCACAACGCGUAGCACCUGCCAUGACGCACAGCAGCCCAGCCACGCAGUGUGUAAGUCCGGCAGCGGUGCUCAGCCUCCCAGGGCAUCAUGGGAAGAAGACUGCCUCGGGCUCCUCCGGCUCAGACUCUCACUCUGACUCAUCUGAUGAGGAUGAAAUAGACGUGGUCACUGUGGACAAUCGACCAAAACGUGGCCGCCCCCCUGUCAGGCGGACACCGGUUACCAUCGCGGUCAGCGCUGACCCCCAUGGGCCCUGCCCCAAACACUUCCACAUCUCACUCCACCGGCAGCAGCACAACUAUGCCGCCCCAUCCCCCGAAUCUGACCGUGACGAAGAGGAAGAGGAGGAUGAUAUAGAACCUCAGGGGAAGAGAGCCAGACUGGAGGCCUCGUCUUCGUCUUCGUCUCCGCUCUCCUCUCCAGCCAGCUCGGACUCUGAAGACGCCACGGAGCAGCGGCGAAACUUUCUGGAGAGGAAAAGAAGGGACGAUCUUCGCUCUCGUUUCCAGGCGCUCCGCGGGGAAAUCCCAGGACUUUCCGAAUCUGCCAAAACCUCAAAGGUGGCCAUCCUGACCCGGGCCACGGACUAUUUGAUGCAGCUGAGGGCGUGUGAGCGGCGGCAGAAUCAAGAGAGGAAAAAGCUCAGAGCGAAACAGCAGCAGCUGCUCCGCAAGAUCACCGCGCUCAAAAACUCCUGAAACUACCUGAACACAUGGACAAUACACACGGUCACUGGGGGGGGGGCUUACUUCAGACAGCAGGACACUUCUCAGUUAGCCAGAUAAUGUAAGCAAAAAGUCUGUUUUGGCCAGCAGGAAGAGACCUAAUGGAGAGUUCUAGUGGACAAUCUGCACUUUUGUCGUUUUGUUGAGCGAUCCAGCAAGGAAUUUCACAAAGUUAGCUGGGUAACUUAAGCCAACAGUUUUGCUUGUCCAAUAGGAACGUCCCUCACCUUCUCCUAUAUUGGACAGGGUUUCACUUUUGGCUUAAUUUAUCUGGCUAACAGAGGAAUCCCUCUGUAGUACAUACCACAGAACUCAUCUAACCGCCAGGCCUUUAGCCAGUGAUGAGUCCUGGAGGGUCACAACAUGUGAUCCAGCCAGUAAUUCAUAUAAUAAUUGCUUUGAUUACUUGCAUCAGGUGUUAAAUUUGGUUGGAGUAAAACCUGCAAAAGAUCCUCAGAGGAAGUAAUAGUGACCUCUGGUCAAGCAAAGUAACACCUGACCAGAAGAGACACAGUUGUUGGUGAUCUGUUAUAAACGGGUCUUUCCAGAACACAGGAGUUGAUAUAAUGAUUAAAAAUAGACGGAAGGUGGUAAAAGCUACAGGAAGUUUUUCUCCGAUUUGGCAGACUUUGAACCUUACAAGCAGGAAGAGUUUCUGGAACUUGAGCUUUCAGAACUAAAUGAUGUAGUAUGAAUUUUUUUUAUUAUAU